AUGGACGACGUGAAGAAAGACUAUGAUUGCUCAACUUCCUGUGCGCUGGUGCCAGCGAUCACCGAGUCUCACCCAGAUGGUGGUGCGAACAGAGAUGACGACGACAUGUCAGAGCUGGUACCGCUCCUUCAGCGCAGCCGUUCACAGCGAUUUCCUCCGCCGUCUUUUGCGCUUGCUCCCGCGGUACCGCUGCCUCUGUGGCAGCGUGUAGCCCUCUCUUCUCUGCAAUCACGUGAGGCGUCACUCCUGUCGCAGCGCAAGUUCAAGCAUAUUCGCCAAUCCCUCGUCCGAGACCUCGGCCGUUACCACGUGGAGCUUCAAGAGCGCGCGGAGAAGCAGCGCCAACAGCAGCGUGAGGCGCGAGUACGCGCUGGCGAGCGCGUCGCGGCCGGCGUACGCAGGUACUGGUCCAGGCGUGGCGACGCGUACCAGCAGCUGGCAAAGGUGGAGUUCGAUGUGAUGAAGCACCAGCACGACCGCCGCAAGCAGGAGGAUCUACUGCGCGAGACGGAGGAACUGACGCGCAAACUCCUCGAGAGUAUUUUCAGCGCCGCCCGCAAACGGCCAGCCUCCGCAUCUGCACCCUCCGUGGAAGGUCGGGUCGUCAACUGCAGUCCUAAUGGAAUGCACCACCACACCCCCGAUGCGCCUCCGCUGGACAGUACACCGCCCUUGUUCCCGGUGACCGUGCCAGCACAUGCGUCCUUCUGGGACACGGUCGGCGACGACGACACCGCCCCGAUUGAGGCGGCGCUUUCGUUGCUGGACACGGAGGGCGGACAGCGACCGCUGCGGCACUAUCAGCGCUCCGCCCUACGGUGGAUGGUUCACCUGUACGAAAACAACCUCAACGGCAUCCUCGCUGACGAGAUGGGGCUGGGCAAGACCGUGCAGACCAUUGCGCUCCUCUGCUACUUCGCCGAAUACCGCAAUGACUGGGGGCCACACCUAAUUGUGGUGCCGACGACUGUCGUGCUGAACUGGAAGGCGGAGCUGGAGCGGUGGUCACCGGGGCUCAAGGUGCUCACGUACAUUGGGUCCACUAAGGAGCGCCACCAGCUGCGCAAAGGGUGGACAAGCGAGGACGCCUUUCACGUGUGUGUGACUUCGUACAACUUGGUCGUGCAGGACCGUAAGGUGUUUCGCCGCCGUCCGUGGGGAUUUCUCGUCCUCGAUGAAGCCCAUCACGUCAAGAACUUCAUGAGCCUAAAGUGGCAGUCGCUCUUUGAUCUGCAGGCAGAGUACCGCCUGUUGCUAUCCGGCACCCCGCUGCAAAACUCAAUCAUGGAGCUCUGGUCCCUCUUCCACUUCCUGCUCCCCUUCGCCUCGGCGUUUCGCUCCAACGCGGAGUUCAAGGAGUGGUUCAGCAAUCCGAUGGACGAGAUGAUAACGGGACGGUCGACGUUGAAUGAAGACAUUGUGCGGCGACUGCAGGCCCUCAUUCGGCCAUUCAUGCUGCGGCGACUCAAGAAGGACGUUGAGACGCAACUGCCUACCAAGACGGAAAAGGUUGUGCUCUGCCGCCUCUCACGUCGGCAGCGUUUUCUGUACGAUGACUACAUGCAACUCGCCGAAACGCGGCAAAAACUGCGUGGCGGUGGCGGCGCUGGCGGCGUGCUGAGCGUGCUACUGGCGCUGCGCAAGGUGUGCGACCACCCCGACCUCUUCGAGGAGCGACCCACCACCUCUCCACUGGUUCUUAGCUACGACGCCGUCGUUGAACUACGGGUGCCACGUGAGGUGCUCCUCCUCGACAACGAUGACAGAGGCCGAUGGCGUUUUCCGUGCUUCCACGUGCUUGAUGUAAAUGACGAUGGCGGCAGGGUGCACAGCAUGCAAAGUCAGGCAGAGGUGUCAGGCUCGGACUGGGCGGUCUGCGCGCGCGAGUGCCGAUCAGAUCGGUUUCUCUCUGGCACUGGAGCACCCGCGCCGUGGUGGCUGUUUCUCACCCACGUAGAGCAACCUGAUGCGCCGUCAGCGGAUGCAAUGUCGUCGUUUGCGAAGCGAUUCAGCCCCGCCUUCCUCGAAGGACCGAUAAGGCGCCGACGCGAGUCGGCCCCGGAUGAUCCUCAGCUGUGCAACUGUAGCGCUGCCCUGAAAGCGGCCUUUGUUAGCGUCUUGGCCCAGGCCAGACAACAGAGCCGCUCGCGGCACCACCAAACCACGACCGCGCAGUGGCAGCGCUACCACGCUAUUCAGACGGCGCGGAACACAUAUGUGCCACCUACGUGUCGGCUGUCGCUUCGGCAAACCGUCUUAGCGCAGCGGCACCCGUCUCUCUGCCCCUCCAUCGCCGUGCGCGCCGCUGCCCUUCUUCCUGUGCUCGAGCGAGUGUGCGUGUACGUCCCGGCAGUGUUGGCGGCGCACCCGCCGAGGCUGCAGUGGUCGCUUCCGAUUCCUCACCCCGGUCCGUUCGAGGUUCUCAAUCGCGAAGGGUGCGCGCCUCUGAUCGGAGCUGUCUCCAAGGCUCAGGAUGCCGCUCAGUGCGGCCGCGCGGCGCCUCGGCUGCGAUACGAUGCCGCCUUCUUCCUGCAGGAGAUGUGGCCCAUACAGGUGCGGCGCAGCUUUCUUUUCCCCGAUAAGCGUCUUCUCAUCCAUGACUGCGGCAAACUGCAGUUUCUCGAAACAGCACUGAAGAAGAUGCGGAACGACGGGCACCGCAUGCUCAUUUUUACCCAGUUUGUGCACAUGCUGAACAUCCUUGAGCGCUUCCUUGCCUUGAUCGGGGUCGUAUACACGCGACUGGAUGGCUCCACCAAAGCGGAGCUGCGGCAGCAGUACGUCGACCGCUUCAACGCCGACCCGCGCAUCACGUGCAUGAUUCUCUCCACGCGCUCUGGUGGCAUUGGCCUCAACCUCACCGGCGCCGACACCGUCAUCUUCUACGACAGCGACUGGAACCCGACCAUGGAUCUACAGGCCCAGGACCGAUGCCACCGGAUCGGGCAGACCCGCCCGGUCACCAUCUACCGCCUGAUCAGCGAGCACACCGUUGAGGAGAGCAUCCUAGAGAAGGCGCGAGAGCGAAAGAAGUUGAACAACGUCGUCAUUCGGGGCGGCCAAUUUCACACUAUUGCUGGAGUGAGCGAGCAGUACGGCGACACCGCCGCCGCCUUAGCUGCACUUUCAAACCCGGUGAACCUGCGCAGCUUCUUUCACGACCUCGACGAGGACGCCACGGUGGCAUCCGGGGCCACUGCGCCUCCCAUCGAUACCAGCGACAGCGCUGGUACAGCGGAGUCGCCACUGGAUGUUCUUGAGGCGAUGGCAGACGUGGAGGAUGCGGAGGAUCGCGCGGCGGGCCAAGAGCUGCAGCGCGAGAUCGCUGCCCAUGCCGCGGAGGAGGCGGAGGGGGGCGACGAGGACGCCAGCGGACCGCCCCACCAGCGCGGCACCAUGUAUAGCUCUUCUGAAAGAGAAAAGGAGCUUGGUUCGUCUGCUGCGUGUGUCGCCAACGACGAUGCCAAGUGGCGGACACGGCUGCCGAACUCGUUUCUCGAUGCACUGUUGUGGUCGUCUACCAGCCUCGGCAGCGGCGCAGCUUUCCACGAAAGGGAGGGCAGUUCCGUGGACUCCGUGUCCUCCGCCGAAAGCUCGUCUGCCGCUGCGCUUCUUCUCGCGGUGCGCAAACGGCAGCGCGAGAUCGCUGUCAAGGCGCACGCCCCUGUGGAUCAGUUUCUUGCCUUUCAGUACGGACGCUGCCACCGGGCAGAUGCCGAGGAAAGGUAUAAUGCGCUGGUUUUGUCGUACAGGGCUCACAUGGGCGAGAACAUCGGUGACAACGCCGACCUCGAGAAGGCGCACAUGGACCUCUUUCAGCCGCGAUUCCGUGUGGAGUACCGGCUAGGCUCCUGA